CAGACGACAGUGCGCAUGCUCCACACAGCAGCUGUCCACACACUGCUCCUCACUGUUCUUUCUCAAAUAUUUUUUUCUAAUCGUUGGUAAUAUUUAACCAAGUUUUGCAAUGCUCCGUUAUUUUUAACUCAUAGAAACAAAAUCGUUGUCCAUUUAUUUUGUGUUCUUUGAAUCCCCUUUUUUGUCGAGGGGCUUCACUUCCGCUUCCUGUUCGUCAGAGCCACACACUCAACUGAUAUUUGUUCACAGCACGGGACUAAAAAUGAACACAUCGGUACCUGGCUCAACUCAACCAGCGAACAAUUUAACCAGUUUAUUAUAACCUGCCUUACAGACACAAGCCUGUUAAUUUCCAUCUCGUGUUUAGACCACUAUGAGCAACUUGUGUGUGUGCGCAUUCAGUGGAGUGGGCUUACCAAGUGCGCAGAGGGUCUUAUCUCGGUAGCUAGCGUUAGCCCUGCAAAGCAGCUGUUUGUGGCCCGCUCUGACACUGACGUUUACGGGACAAGUACCUUUCAAUAAGCGAAGACUCAGCACCAUGAAUCUGUUCCGUCUAGUGUGCCGCCACAAGACAGCGCUGGUCAUUGGCACUGUGUGCAGCUUUGCAGUAGUUCUGGUCUUCUUGGCCAAAUGUACCUCAGAGACACUGAAACAGGGUCACCAGGAUCCUCCAGGCCUAGCCCCUCGUGCAGUUGCUUUACAGUCCCAUCCGGAGCAGCAUAAUUCAGCCCCCGCAUCCAAAGACCUGUCAGCAUUCCUCGUGGUUCUCAUCACAACUGGGCCUAAGUACACAGAGCGGAGGAGUAUCAUCCGUAGCACUUGGCUGGCCAAGCGAGACUCUGAUGUUCUGGCCAUGUUCGUGGUGGGGACUCAGGGGCUUCCCACCGAGGACCUUCAGAACCUGAACACAGAGCAAGGGCGGCACAAGGACUUGCUUUUAUUGCCUGACUUGCGAGAUUCUUACGAAAACUUAACACUGAAGCUGCUGCACAUGUACUCCUGGCUGGACCAGAAUGUAGAGUUCAAGUUUGUCCUCAAAGCAGAUGAUGACACAUUUGCUCGCUUGGACCUCCUUAAGGAGGAACUAAAGGGCAAAGAGCCCAACAGGUUGUACUGGGGCUUCUUCUCGGGGAGAGGGCGUGUGAAAACAGCUGGGAAGUGGAGGGAAAGCUCUUGGGAGCUUUGUGACUACUACCUGCCCUACGCACUGGGAGGGGGCUACAUCCUUUCGGCUGACCUGGUACGUUACGUGCAUCUUAAUGCAGGCUACUUCAAGACGUGGCAGAGUGAGGAUGUGUCACUGGGCGCCUGGCUGGCACCGGUGGAUGUUCGGCGGACACAUGACCCACGCUUUGACACAGAGUAUAAAUCGCGUGGUUGCAACAACAAGUACUUGGUGACACAUAAGCAGAGCUUGGAGGACAUAUUGGAAAAACACCAGACUCUGCAGCGGGAGGGCAGACUCUGUAAGGAGGAAGUCAAGCUGCGAUUGUCCUACGUGUAUGACUGGAGUGUGCCACCCUCCCAGUGUUGCCAAAGGAAGGAUGGUAUUCCUUAAUUUUUUGUACUUUUUAUGAGGCUGAAGUUAGCUCCCGAGUUGUAUCUUCCAAAUUUGGAAACUUUUAAGGGAUAACAUUUUUAGACCAAGACUCCAUUGUUAGGCAAAUACAAGUUGUGCAAGAGGUCGCUGACAUCUUAACAACUUCCUUAAUCCUGUUGAGGACUCUCUAUCAGAUUUGGAAAACCUUUUUUCGAAUGGCAAGAUUUUUUUUCCAUCUUCCAUUGAAUAUAUUUGACCAAUUUUGGUUCAGGGGUUUUUGAGCUGGACCUGAUCUAAUGGAUCUGGAGGGAGGAAGAGUAGCAACAUUUUCCUUUUUUUCUCCUUUAACCAAAGAGAGUCAACGUCAGGCUGAGUCUCCAUAUAUUAAUGCACAGCUGCUCAGAUGCACUCUGUAUGGAGAGGAAAACCAUGACAUCAACAUUUUUUAGUUUUUACAAAUAGAAUAAACGUUUCACAAAUCUGAUAAAGGGGCUUUAAAAUGACACUAUUAAUUUAGACCAGGUCUGAGUACAGCAGUUUUGUAGUCUCAGACUGGUUUAAUAUGAUCUGAAUGGAGAACAAGUAAUGAAAUCAUUUGGACUCACUUCUCUUCUUGCAAAUGGAAUUUGGUUUUAACCAACAUUAAUGUGUUUACUGUAAUAUCCACUAUUUUAAGCAGUAUAACAGCAGAGAAUUGGCUGAAAACUACUACCCCUUUUUACUCUCGAACAGGAAGCCAACUUCAGCCUGCUGUCCUUCUUGGCUUGUAAACUCCUUUUGCCUUGUUACUUGGAUCCCUGCUUAUGUCGGUACUCUCCUCACCGCCAAUUUACCACGUUGGUGGCCUACUUCUCUGCUCUGUCUGUGCUUCUUACUCUGCUGUAACUCUUGCUAAGUAUUUUUUUUUCCAACACUAUGAUGUAUGUUUAAAGGUUAUUAGGUUUAUUUUAUUGUAUUAGAUAACACAGGGAAACACAGACAGAAGACUCUUACCCUGCCAUGACAUCUACACUUUUUGUGAUCGCAUUUUUUUUUUCUUUUUUUGUAUUUUAUUUAUUGUUAAUUUAUUCUGCAGCAAACACAGCACACUGAUAUCAAAUCCGGACAGAAAUACGGUGGCUGUGGUUGCUGCUUGUGAGAUGACUUUGUAUUUAUGAACAUGUUGGGUUGGAGAUCAUGUGUUAUGGACAUAAUUACUGGACCAGAAAUGUUCGCUUUUUAAAUGUAAAACGUUUGUUUACGAUCCACGGUACACAAGGUUUCAUGUGUUCUGGAGGUGCGGAGAAUGUGUAAGAGAAAAUGGUUGAAUGUGUUUUAUUCAGCUGGCCUUCUUAUUCCUGCAACAGAGCGAGGACAAUUACUGUGCAGAGAUGUCAAGAUAUGUUUGUGAAUGUUUGUUUGCAGUGCACCACAUAUUCAGAUUGAGAAACUUGAUAAAGACUUCCAGCAGGCACUUGGUCACUUUUUUUUAAACAAGAAACAGCAUUUCAAAGUCUGUGAAUCAUUAUUCAAUGACUGCCUGUCUUUUCUGAUGUUGAGCUCUCCGGCCUGAACUUUACCCUGUGAUGUCAGUAGCUGUGUCCCAAAACUUGUGAAAUGUGUACAGCGUUAAUGUGUUGGGAGCACGAAACAGAUGAGGAAUGCUGCCAAGUCCGAGCUCACGGUUAUGACCGCUGUUACGUUUUUUGGGGGUUUUUUUGUGAAUAAUGACAUGACUAUCUUCUCUCUGUUGUCACUUGCAGAUUAUGAUUCAGUACAAACUCAGUUCCGGUGUUUGUUUUUACGUACAUGGUCGGCCUCCCUGGAUGUUUUAUUAAAAAUUUUAAAUGUAUUCUUGUCACUUAC